GCAUUCCUGCUCGUCGACCAUCACGGUGACGGCCAGUACAUCUGAAAAAUACUUGAAUUGAGCUCGAUAGGCCUGCCAGGACAAUAGUCUUCUGUCAAUUAUUGAACCCGUUGUACGUGACGAUGAGCUACCGUGGACGCCGACGGUAUAGAGACGACUACGACCGACGCGAGGUCAUCGAAUCUCCUCAAGACAAGCUCAAAUCCGCGAUUUUCAAGCUUGGAGAGGUGGAUCCGGUCGAGGAACUGCCCCACCUAGAAAAGCAGAUUCGUGCUCUCGUUCCUCCUGUCAUCCCUAGUCUAUCAGAGGCCUUUCGGAUAGGGGUGACGGAGCAGCCGUACAAAAUCCCAUACUAUGCUGCCUUGCUGCGACUCCUACACGAACAGCCAGACGGAGAACCCUCGUUGGGACGUCAAAUUCUUGAAGAUAUAUGGAAAGGAUUCCAGACAUAUGUUGAUCAGCUUUCAUGGAGAGAAACUCGGUUCUGCAUACAUUUCUUCGCCCAUCUGACGCUAGCAAACUUGGUAUCGAUAGACUCACUCGUUGGUCUUCUUCAAUCUCUCACUGCCGUUCUCGACGAAUUCGGUGUUUCCCAUGGACGGGCGAAGCGCGCUGCUUUGUGUGCUGCUGAGGGGUUGAUGAUUGCUGGCUCUAUUAUCAAGACGAAUCACGCCUCCAAUGCCACGGACAUUGUCAAUGCUAUCGCGGCAUUCAACGAAACUACGACAAGCGCAAAAUGGAUUGUUCAUCCAAUGAUGGCUUUACCUUCGACAGGCGUCAUCACUGACAAUGCGGAUGAGCUCUUAGAUAUCCUGCUAGCGUCUCUCGGAGCUCUCGAAAAAUCGGGAUAUGCAGAAUCAUUGACCUCAUUUCCUCGUCCAUAUGCUGAUUUCCCAGUUCUUGAUCUGGAGUCCUUCACCCCCUUUGCUCUUCCUUCUGUCCUCGUCCCCCCAGAAGUUAUCGAGCUAGAAAACGAAAUGGGAGACGACGCACCAAUCAAAAAGGAAGAAUGGCCUGAAUACUUUAUCCGUUUAUUCGAAAAUGACAUCUCUCCUGACUUUAACACGCCAGAAGGUUACGCUGUUCGCACUGACCUCGUAUCGAUACUCGAUAUAUUUGAAGUCAAUCGGAAGGAGUGCGCACGAAUCCUUCUUGAGUACCCCAAAUGGACGCUUCCGGGAACCUUCAAGCCAAAACCUGGAGCUCCCGUUGUCGAUAUCGAGCCCGUACCAGGAAGAGGCUGGCAACUAGAGAGUACAAUUAUUGAGACCAUCCUUGGAGCUUUCUUCAUUCUCCCUGAAUCAUCACAAAAGUCCAUCUACUACAUAAGCGUCAUCACGGAACUUUGUAAACUGUCCCCUUCGACCGUGGGCCCCGCCGUCGGAAAAUCGAUCCGUAAAUUGUACGGAUAUCUGAGCGACGGGUUGGAUUUGGACAUAGCUCGGCGGUUCUCCGAAUGGUUUGCUGUGCAUAUGAGUAACUUUGGUUUCCAAUGGGUGUGGAAGGAAUGGCUUCCCGACCUUGCCUUGGUGACUCAGAACCCCCGGCGUGCGUUUAUGCGCCGUGCUUUGGAGUACGAAAUUCGAUUGGCCUACUACGAACGUAUCGCAAAGACACUGCCAGAACCUAUGCAAGAUCCCGAGGCGUAUGUUCUACCUAAACAGGCGCCGGGGCCCACUUUCGAGUUCGACGAUCCUAUCAAUCCCCAUCAUGACAACGCACAAUCAGUGCUGAAUCUGUUUAGAGGGAGGGCAAAUGCGGAAGAUGUUAUCUCUCACCUCGACGCACUCAAGUCCUUGGUUGAGGCGUCAGAAGACGGACAUGUAAAUACCGACACAAUCGUUCGCUCCAUCACCAUUCAAUCGCUGUUGCACAUCGGUUCUCGCUCUUUCUCUCACCUUUUGAACGCUAUAGAGCGCUACCUCCCCUUGCUCCGACACAUCGUCAACAGCGGUGCUACCGGAAACGUAGAAGCUAAAACGGACGUUAUGAACGCCGUAGCCCGUUUCUGGAAGCACAACUCGCAGAUGGUGGUCAUAGUAUUUGACAAACUGAUGCAGUAUCAAAUUGUGGAUCCAACGGACGUGGUGGCGUGGACGUUUGAACAUGGAGCGGAGGAUGAUGUGUUGGGUAGUCCGUUGGCGCUAGGCGUACUGCAGUGGGAUUUGCUAAAGGGUGCGUUGGAUAAGGGAAAUGGGAGGGUGAGCAUCGCGAGGAAGAAGUUGACUGUGCUGAGGAAGGAAGACGAUGAUACGCGAGCUAGGGCCAUUGCUGAAGAUGGGGCCGGUAUGGAGGUCGAUGCUGAAGCCAAAAAGAAUGAGAUGCCUGAAAAUCCUGCGCUCACGAGCGCCAUUAAAGCAUUUUCGACCUUGACCAAAGAGCAGAAAUCCAUAUUGUCGCGAACGUUGGAGGGUUUCACGUCGUACUUGGUCCCUCCUGAUACUUCGAACCCCGACGUCAUCACGGAAAAGGCAUGGCACAACCGGGCUAACUGGGGCAAGGAAGAGUGGAAUGCCUGGGAGACUUGGGGAUGGUAUCGGCAUUUCUGCAGAGUGUAUUCGCCGUAUUUGCGCACGUUCUCGACGACGGUGUCGACGGUAUCGUUUGCGAGAUUGGAGGGCUCGACGGACCCUGCUGCUGCGUUAGUCCAAAAAGUGUUUAAUGUGGCUGUUGGGCAAGAGUAAGGUUUAUACUGUCUUUUGUAUCUGUCUGAUGCUUCGAGAUAAUAUAUGACUAUGAUAUCACCUGCUA